AUGACUAAUGUGCUCCUGCUCAGAGCCAUAUUCUUCCUUCUAUUUGCAAUCAUUUCAGAGCCCACCUUGAACCCCCGAAAGACAUAUGAAUAUAAAUAUGAAGGAGUGGUGAAUAUUGGGCGUGAUACACCAGGCCUGGCUGAAUCUGGAGUAAAACUACAGUGCAAUUUUAAAAUCACUGGAGUAUCAAUACAGACUUUUUUAUUUCAGAUCUCCAAUGUAACUUUUGAAGAGUUUAAUGGAAUCCCAGGAGUGGACUCAUUCAAAGUCUCACCUAAUCUUACUAAACAUUUGGCAGCUGUACUCACCAAACCCUUCACUUUUGAAUACACAAAAGGACAAGUAAUUAACAUCAAAACAGCGCCUGACGUCUCCAACACUAUUGUGAACAUAGUGCGAGGUAUUCUAAAGUUCCUGCAUGUUACAGUUAAAACCACCCAGUGGAUUUAUGAGCUUGAUGAGGUGGGAAUUCAUGGUUUCUGUCACAGUGCUUAUGUUAUUGAAGAUAAUGCAGCAGCUAAAGAAUUAUACGUGACUCAAAACAUUGACAUUAAAAACUGCCAUCAAAAAGCAGAAAUAUAUCAAGGAAUGGCACUGGGUUACGAAAGUAAAUCCAGCAGAGAGAGAGGUGAAAAUGUGGUUUCUACUGUGAAAUAUGAAUAUACAGUAAAGUCUAUGGGAAGUGGUGGUCUCAUUACAAAGGCCUCUGCGCUUGAAAGGCACUACUUCUCUCCAUUCAAUGUGAAGGGUGGAAAUUCUAAACUGAAAGCCAACUGGAACAUUGAGCUACUCAAACAGACCGACAUUGUUGGCAAACCUGUGACAGGUCAGGUGAAUAGCAGAGGUAAUCUGAUGUACAAGGCAGAGAAAGCUCUGGGGCCAAUGCCAAUUCUGAUGAUCAGUCUAACUAACCCAGCUCCUAAGAUUGCAGACUUGAUUAAACGUUUGGCUCAGGCUAACAUCUACCAAGUGAACGCUGCCACAAGUGCUGAUGUUCUUGAGCUUAUUCAACUGCUUCGUGCAACUAGUUAUGAAGAUCUGGAGCUUUUAUGGAAACAGUUAUCAGGAAAUGUUGAACACAGGAGGUGGUUUCUGGAUACAGUUGUUGAGGUGACAGAUGGAAGGGUACUCAAAUUCCUGAAGAACAGAUUCAAAGCUGAAGACAUUUCUGCAAAUGAGGCUGGCCAGGCAAUUCUGGUGGCAUUCAACCAUUUAUCUGCUGAAUCUGAAUUAGUAGAAAUGGCAAAGGAGUUUUUGACCAUCCCGUUUAGUAAGUCCCAUCUUAUGCUAUGGAACACCGUGAUCCUUUCAUACAGUUCUCUGGUAUACAGAUUCUGUGAUCGUGUGAAUCCCUGCCCAGUCCUCACAGUGCAGCCGCUGUUCGAUAUGGCCACUAAUGGACUCACUAAAGGCAUAGAUGAAGACAUGGUGAUUGCUCUGAAGGCCUUGGGAAACGCCGGACAUCCAUUAAGCCUUAAGACCAUAAUGAAGUUCCUUCCCGGAUUCUCUGUCAAAGCUGAUAGCCUCCCCACUAGGGUUCAGAGUGUGGCUGUGCAGUCCCUCCGACACCUUGCUAUUAGAGAUCCACAUAAUGUCCAGGACAUUGCACUAACCAUAGUUGCACGAAGGACUGUUCCUGCUGAAAUAAGAAUGUUAGCUUCUGUGAUCCUCCUGGAUACAAAGCCAUCUCUAGCACUGAUCUCCACACUGACUGGGCUUUUGCUCAAGGAAACAGACCGCCAAGUCUCAAGCUUCAUUUACUCACAACUCAGGGGCAUUGCAAGUUCACGCAUCCCUGAUGAUCAUUACCUAUCAACUGUUUGUAAUAUCGCAGUAAAAAUACUUUCUCGGAAGCUUGGUCGGCUAAGUUAUCGAUUUAGUAAGGCACUGCAUUUCGAUUGGUUCAGCGAUGAUCUUUUGACGGGCACAUCCAAAGCGCUGUAUUUGCUGAAAAAUGGUACAAGUGCCUUACCCACAGAAAUCAUUUCUAAUGGAAAGCUUUACUUCAUUGGAAGAGUAUUUCAACUUCUUGAUCUUGGUAUUCGUGCAGAGGGUCUCAAAGAGUUAUUCCCACAUAGACCUGGCAUUUCCAAGGAUUUUGGAGUUGCUGAUUUUGCAGAUAUCAUGAAAAUUCUUUCAGAUUGGCAGUCCCUCCAUAAAAAGAAACCUCUCUUAUCAGUAUUUGUGAGAUUCUUUGGGCAAGAGGUCUCAUUUUUUGAUUUAAAUCAAGAUGUUAUUCAAAGAAUCCUAAAGUCUGUGGGCCUUACUGCAAAUAAAGACAAUAAACUGUGGGAUUUGAUUCAACAACUACAAAAAGGAAUAUCAUGGCACUGGACAAAAGCAUUCCUUAUGUUUGAAACCAGAUUUGUUCAGCCAACUUGUCUUGGCCUCCCAGUUGAAAUCAGCAAAUAUUAUUCUAUAUUAGCAGCUGUUACGGUAAACGCAAAAGCUAACAUUGACCCACCUCUAAAAGAAAGCUUACAGGAAGUGAGAAAUGCAGAUAUUUUUGUGGAAACAGAUGGAUUUGCUGGAGUGGCAAUGGAUUAUUUUGUUUUCCAUGGGAUCAAUACAGAUCUCUUUCAGUCUGGUGUCCAGCUGAAUGGCAAGACAACCGUAUCUUUGCCUUGGAAAGCUGGCUUGAAAAAGAAUGUGAAAGAGAAGAAUUAUGAGGUCACUUUUCCCCCAUGCAAAAACCACACAGAGUUCUUCACAAUCAAAUACGACGUAUAUGCAGUGUCAAGAAAUAAUGACGAUCCAUCGAUGGCUAAAAUGACUCCUAUGAUACCAGAGCACAGAGAUCCUGAGCAAAGUUUCAAGAAAGACACAGAAUGUUCCAAAGAGUAUCAGUUAGAACCACUGGAGAUAUACCAACCAAAACUGAAGUACUGUGCAGAAUUAAGCUCUUAUGGAGCUGCAGUGUGCACUGAACUGGAAGCUAAACGGGUCCAAAACCUUAAAGACUAUCCUCUUUCCUACUUAUUGGGAUACACUCAGUUUGCAUGUCACCUUGAGCCAGUCAGGUCUGUUAAGCCUGUAGAAAAGAUCAAAAUCCAGAUCAGUGCUGCGCCUCAUAAACACAUUUCACACCAUGGUCAAAUGAUGACUGUCACUCAGGAAAAAUUCAAGGAUACUGAUGCCACUCCUGAACCUGUGACCAUCGUGAAAGUGCUGGCUCUCAGUCCUAAUGUGAAGCCGCUGGGUUAUGAGGCCGCUGUGUAUUACACACCAGACACACAGAAGGAUGAUAUAGAAGUCAUUAUAUCUGAGGCUGCUGAUGAGGCGAACUGGAAAAUAUGUGUUGAUGCCAAUAUUGACAAGCUUCAAGCAGGGGCAAAGACCCACUUCAGAUGGGGAGCUGAGUGUCAGUCAUAUGAAGUAGCAGUAAAGGUUUCUGCCAAAGAACAAUCAAAGCCCACUAUAAUUGCAGAAAUUAACUGGGGAGAUGUUCCUGCAUUAAUCCAAACAUUCGGCCAAAGUGUUCGGGAGUACGUCCCAGGUGUGUCCUAUGCCUGGGGGUUCAGCCAGAAACACGAGAAAAAUUCUGAACGUGAAAUUUCAGCUACGCUUCAGACUUCUGCUCAAGGAGGAUUUGAUCUUGAAGUCAAAAUCCCAGAGCUCACUGUGUCUCGCCAGGGAAUCUCCUCUCCAUUUGAUAAUGUAGGAAUUGAAAGUGCAACAUGUCCUGUAUAACCACUAUUUUACCUUUCCACUGUAUCACACUACACUGAUUACAUUUCCCAUCAAAGCCAAAUGUUCCCACUGUCAAGUGGUACAAAAUGAAGACUUCUAAGAGAGCUGUUAUUGCUAGAUCAUCUAUAAACCAAAAUGCACUUAUUUUAUUUCACGUUAUAAUUUGAGCGACAUUUUUAUGUAAUGUAUUAGAUGUCUAAAUUUUAUUGAAA